AUGGCCAGCCCGGAGCCCCGGCUCGAGGGGGACGGCGCCGCCCAGGCCGCGAGAGAAACAAGAACGGAAGCCAGUUCUUCUCUCAAAGAGAACUCUGAAUCCCCGCGUGAGGUGGGGACUUUGAACCCAGAAGUUACUCUGUCUUUGGAGGGGACCUUGAACUUAGAGGACAUUCUCUACCUGGGGGACACAGGUGACCUCGAUGAGACACUCUACGUGGAAGAGACGGAGAAGCCUGAGGAGGCACUGUAUAUCGAGGAGACCAGGCAACCAGGGGAGGCCCUGGAGAUGGACGAGCCUAUGAAGCCAGAGGAGAUACUAUAUGUGGACGAGCCCACGCAGCCAGAAAAGACCGCAAGCCCAGAGCAGACCGGUUCCGGGGGAGAGACGGUCACGAGCGAGGAGAAACCCAGCCCUGAGGAGAGCCUCCAAGCCGGGCCUGGUCCCAGCACAGACAGCCUGAGCAUAGAGGACCUGGAAUUGCUAGAGGAGCGUUUCCAGCAAUGUGUCCAAGCUGUGGCCCAGCUGGAAGAGGAGAGGGAUCAGCUCAUCCACGAGCUGGUGUUGCUCCGGGAACCAGCCCUGCAGGAGGUGCAGCAGGUCCAUCAGGACAUCCUGGCCGCCUACAAACUGCACGCCCAAGCAGAGCUGGAGAGGGACGGGCUGAGGGAGGAGAUCCGGCUGGUCAAGCAGAAGCUGUUCAAGGUGACGAAGGAAUGCGUGGCCUGCCAAUACCAGCUCGAGUGCCGCCGGCAGGACGUGGCCCAGUUUGCCGAUCUCCGGGAAGCGCUGACCACACGGGCAGCCCAGCUCUCGGAGGAACUGGCCCAGCUCCGGGACGCCUAUCAGAAGCAGAAGGAGCAGUUACGGCAACAACUAGAAGCACCUCCCAGCCAGAGGGACGGGCACUUUCUCCAGGAGAGCCGGCGGCUCUCUGCCCAGUUUGAGAACCUCAUGGCAGAGAGCCGCCAAGGCCUGGAGGAAGAGUAUGAGCCUCAGCUGCUGCGGCUCCUGGAGAGGAAAGAAGCUGCGGCCAAAGCGCUGCAGAAAACCCAGGCCGAGAUCCAGGGGAUGAAGGAGGCUCUGAGACCCCUGCAAGCAGAGGCCCGGCAGCUCCAGCUGCAGAACAGGAACCUGGAGGACCAGAUCUUGCUCGUGAGGCAGAAACGAGAUGAGGAGGUGCAGCAGUACAGGGAACAGCUGGAGGAAAUGGAAGAACGACAAAGGCGGUUAAGGAAUGGGGUACAACUCCAGCAACAGAAGAACAAAGAGAUAGAGCAGCUAAGGAUCAGCCUCGCCGAAGAGCUCUCAACUUAUAAGGCUAUGCUAUCCAAGAGCCUGGGACAGGCUAACGCUCCCACUUCUCAGACAGGUGGAAUCGAGACACAGUCUCAAGGGGCUGUUUAGAAACAUAUGGCCAAAUCUGCAAUCCAGAAACAGCAACACAAAACUUCUUAGC